GCCUCAUAGCCCAGAAGACACAUAAUCUAUUUAUCAUCAUGGACCACAAGAGUAUUGUCAUCAUUUGUGCUUUUCUCCUGUCUGCUACUCUUAUAGAAGGCUAUGCUGUACCUCGUGGGGAUCGCUGUUGGUGCAAAAACUUUACCAACAAGCUCAAUGUGAAGGCAGUGGAAAAGCUGGAGAUUUACCCCAGAAGCUCUACGUGUGAAAGAAUUGAAUAUGUUGCAACUAUAAAGAAUGACUCGGUUCCAAAGUGUGUUAGUCCUGAUCUUUUAGCACUAAAGGUUCUUCUGAGUGGAAAGAAUAGGCAUCUCAGUCAUAUCAAAGUGAUCCGCCAUCAAUAACUGCAAAACGUGAUAAAAAGACACAUGAGAAAACAAACCAGUUGAAUAGUCAUCAGUGCCUUUAAUAGUAUCUCUUUCUGUAAUGUUUUUCAUUGUGGGAAAGAACGGUGUUCUAGAUUCCUUCUAGAAAAAUGGAUAGUUAUAAAAGUAGUUAAAAACUGCAAAGCAGCCUUAUGGAAACUGCCUGAAAGAAAGGAAAUUAAAGCUACAUUGUCAUUGGGUGCUUUGGGCAAUACAGACAGUUUUGCCUUUAGACACUUUUCAUCAAUCUUCCCCAAUAUUCUAACUAUACUGUAUGUAGUAAAUGUAAAUAUAUAUCCAGUUUUUAAAUACUGUGUAGAGCGUCAAAUGUAAAAUAAAUUUUAUAAGACUUUUAUUUUUGGAUCAAGAAAUCUAAGUAUUUUUCAUAAAUCUUCCCCAAUAUUCUAACUAUGUGUGUAUGUAGUAAAUGUAAAUAUAUAUCCAGUUUUUAAAUACUGUGUAUAGCGUCAAAUGUAAAAUAAAUUUUGCAAGACUUUUU